UGAAAAUCUUGACAUUUUUUUAAAUUGCUCUCACUGUACACGCGUCAACCAAAUUUCCCUACAAACCCUAAACAAAUCCCGUCCCGGCAAUAUUUUUCUUAGAUUCAAGGCACCAACUUUCCUAACAUUCUGACUGAAAAAGUUUCAGUAUGAUAUAAUAUUGAGUACCAAAUAUAUUUUAUUCGCAGAAACAAAUAAAUAAUGGAUUUCUCUCUGAAGAAAUCGUUCAGAUCAAAUGGCUCUUACAAGCACUUGAGGAAGAUCUCCGCUGGUGGAGACACUGACCGUAGCAACGAGCACCUCCCCAUUCUGUUCGACCACAAAUCCAAUGAGCAGCAGUCAAUGAGGGCCUUUGAACGCUCCGACCGCAGCGAGGUCAUUGUCAAGAUCGACGACGGAGAUUUCUCUGGUAAAAAAGACGCGGUGAACCCCAUCAACAUGAACAACAACAACAACAGUAACAAGAUUUGGAGAGAGUCCAGCUACGACUUCUGGAAAGAAGACGACGACGACGACAACAAGAACAACAAUGUGAAUAAUGGGGGUUUUGAUUUCGUGCCACGCGGGCAGGGGGUGGAGGAUCCGCCGUCGAAGCUGAUUGGUCAGUUUCUGCAUAAACAGAGAGCCUCCGGUGAGAUGUCUUUGGACAUGGAUCUCGAGAUGGACGAGCUCCGGAAUCUCCCUCCGGUGGCCGAGUCUCCGAUGAAGGCCACGACCCAGACGUCCAAUGAGUUCAAGGUCUCGUUCCAGCCCUCCAAUGCCGGGUUCGAGUCGGCGACGGACGCGGUUCGACGUCGUUACAAGGAAGCGUCCGUGGACGAAGAAGAGGGACACCGUAAUCAACAACAACAACGACAAUCGUCGCCGCAACAAGCUCAGCAAUGCGGUAGGGUAAGUGGGGCUUUGGGCGGUGAGGUGGUGAGGUGCACCUCGAACGGGUCGUUUCAAAGGAAGUCGAGCUUGUUGAGAGCGAAGACCAGGUCGAGGCUGAUGGACCCACCGGACGAGCCGGAGAGGCGGUCGGGCCGGGUUCCCAAGUCGGGUCAGCUCCGGUCCGGGAUGCUGGCCAAGGCCUUGGACGACGACGAGGACGACCCGUUCUGGGACGAUGAUUUGCCGAACGAAUACAAGAAAACCAGUCUCAGCGCUGUGACUGUGUUGGAAUUCGUGAGCUUGAUUUUGAUCAUCGCCGCUUUGGUUUGUUCUCUUUCGAUUCCUUACUUGAGGAACAAGAAUCUGUGGAAGCUCAAGCUGUGGAAAUGGGAGGUUCUGGUCUUGGUUUUGAUCUGUGGGAGAUUGGUGUCCGGGUGGGGGAUUAGGAUCAUAGUGUUCUUUAUAGAGAGGAACUUCCUUUUACGCAAAAGGGUUCUCUAUUUCGUUUAUGGGGUUCGAAAGGCGGUGCGUAAUUGUCUGUGGCUGGGGCUUGUUUUGAUAGCUUGGCACUUUUUGUUUGAUAAAAAGGUUGAGAGGGAGACCAAGAGUGAUAAGCUUAGGUAUGUGACUAAGGUUCUCGUUUGUUUGUUGGUUGGUACCUUGGUUUGGUUGGUGAAGACCCUUAUGGUGAAGGUGUUGGCUUCGUCUUUUCAUGUCAGUACUUAUUUUGAUCGGAUCCAGGAGUCUCUGUUUAACCAGUAUGUGAUAGAGACGCUUUCUGGGCAGCCAUUGAUUGAGAUGCGGAAUGCGGAGGAGGAGGAGAUUAAGCUUGCCGAUGAGGUGAAGAAGCUGCAGAAUGCUGGCGCUACUAUCCCCCCUGAUCUCAAGGCCAGUGCUUUCCCUUCGAUGAUGAGUGGAAGGGUUAUAGGGAGUGGAGGGCUGCAGAAGAGUCCACGAGUGAAGAGUGGAAAGCUUUCUCGGGCAUCGUCCAAGAAGGGGGAUGAUCAAGGGAUCACCAUUGAUCAUCUGCAUAGGUUGAAUCCCAAGAAUGUGUCGGCCUGGAAUAUGAAGAGAUUGAUGAAUAUUGUUCGGUAUGGGACUCUUUCCACUCUGGAUGAGCAGAUUUUGGAUACCACUAAUGAGGAUGAGACUAAUACCCAGAUUAGGAGUGAAUGCGAGGCGAAAACUGCAGCCAAGAAGAUAUUUCUGAAUGUCGCUCGGCAAGGUUCCAAGUAA